UUAGUCCACACCCAGACCCAUGCCAGCCCUAAGGGUGUUUAUUAAGGGCUGGGCACUGGGCAAAUUGACUGGCUAUGAGGAUAAUUUUGUCUGCUUGGUUUAACCAUCUAGAAGAAAGUUUUUGUAUAAAGAUGUUCAGUUCAAAACAUUUUUCCCACCUGUGAAAACCAGUUGCCACGCUGUUAAUGAAAUCCUUUAACCCUAAUUGGGGCUGUAUAGAAUGUCAAGAAAAUCCCAUUUUAUUUUAACUUCUGGUUUUGUAAUCCAAGUUUUUGCUCUUGGUCUCCGAGGAUGCUUAUAAAAUAACAAACGUUGAAAUAGUAUCGUCAGUAUUUAAUAACUUUCCUUGUCUUUGUUUUAUCACCUUAAAGUAAUUUUAUUGUAUUAUGUCCUUUAUUUUCCAGCUAUCUGCUACAAGUUUGCCCUGUUUGAGCCAGAACAGUGUUAUUAGUUCCUGUUCAACAAGACGCAGCCAUUGCAAUAUUAGUAACAAACUUGGUAUGGCCAGUGAACCGCUUUUACUGUCAACAGAAUCAGAUUCAGAAAAACUGGAAGCAGAAGAUUUCAAAUGUUCUAAGGACGUUCCGGAGAAAACUUCUGUCACUGAAUGUCAAGGUCCUGGUAUGUUAGUUAUAGAGAGUGGUGCAAGUUCAUCAUCUGCAGGAUACUGCUUCUUUUGCACGCAACAGGGGCCUGUCAUAAAAGAGAAUGUCAGUAACAGUCACAAGUCUAAAAAGAGAAAAAAGUCACAAAGUUUAUUGGUAUUGAAUUCUGUUGGUUCAAAGAGCGAGAAUACAUCUCAUUUAUUACGUGACUCAUGUAAUAACUUGACCACGAUCAGGAGUAGUUCAGCAUCCAUUCUAAGGAGUGCUAUUUUAAAGGUUAAGCAGCCCAGCAGGAACAGUUCAAAAGAUCAAAGCAUUUGUUCGUCACUCAGCAAGCUUACUGAAUUGCGAGAAAGUUGUGGCCUGAUGUGUCGCAUUUGUCACAGUGGUGAUGAAGAUGAGGAGCUCAUAAGACCUUGCAAAUGCACUGGAACUGUUAAGUAUGCCCAUCAGAGUUGUAUAUUGAACUGGGUUUCAAAAUCUGGACAUGAAAGCUGUGAGCUGUGCAAGUUCAAAUUUAGGACAAAGAAGCAUAGUGUGAAGUGCUUCUGGAAGUGGAGUUUUCCUGAAGUAAGCACCAAAGGGUGGCUACACAUUGGGCUUUUCAUUGCUUUUGCAACAAUGCUACUCACUUCCGUGACGUGGAUUAUCUGGUCACGUGUCAGUAGGACUCCAUCAGCAAUCGCUGAGCGAACCACUGAGGAAGUGAAGUUUGCUUACAUGGUCAAUGGUUUGUUCAUCGCUUUGGCUGUUGGUGGUUUGUACUUUGACAGUUUGAAACAUUUUAAACAGUAUUCAAAGAGAUGGGCAGCACUGAACCAGAAUGUGGUGGUGGAGUGUUAUGAAGAAAAUGGCAAAGUCGAAGGGGUAGAUGUUAACUUACCCCAAAGGGUGUGUCCCAGACAGUCCUCUGUCAGCAAAGCCAUGGAGGAGAGUGAACCAGAGAGACUUUCAGUAGCUGUUCAUACAGAGCCAGAUGAACGUGUUGGCAGAAAUGAUUCUACAGACUGGGUUUAAUAGUCUAGCCAACAAAAUAAUAAGUGUUACUCUCUAUUAUGUUACUUGUGUUUGUAGCUGAUAUGAUGCCUGCUCUGAUUGGCUAAGACUAGGGCAUUAUUCUCACGUAAUGCCCAUGGGCCAAUUACGGACCUGUAAAACCCCCAAAAAAGCUAUAUAAUAAACUGCUUAUUAAUCUCAAAUGUUCGAUCUGGAUGGGGAGAUCUUAAACCUCAGCCCUGCCGUAUUGACCUCACUAUCACUUGGUCACAAGGUUUCUGUUUGAGAUUUUUCUGUUAAGACCUCACUCUCGGGUUAAUAAUAACUACGCAAUAAAUUGUUCAUUGAAUUAUCUUGAGUAUCAGUAAUGGGAACUUUUAACACUGAGGUUUGUGUUAUUGCUGGCAUGUUUUUAGCCUGCAGGUGCAGACGUAUUUGACAGCUGGAAAUACUUCUGUGUAAUUUGCAGGCUAAUUUUUUUUUAAAGAAAAACAAGUCCUUGACUGUUCAUACGUAAACUGAACUCCAUUAUUUGUUUUGUUAUAAAGUUAAUAAACCUCUAUUGUGGAUAAAUAAUUUUGAGCUUAACUUUGCAGUGUUAAGUUAUUAUAACUUUUUUUCUGAGGAGUGUACAUGGAAUUUUGUAAAUGUUUUACAGCAGAUGCUGCCCUUCACUCAGGAUCAGUAGAUGAAGGCAGGGUUACAACAUCAAGCAGAGAGUCUGCUUCACCUUCCCCUUCCACUACCUCUCAGAAACCUCAUAAAGGGAGAGCAUUGGUUAGUUUUAGCUGGUUUUCAAAUAAAUGUGUACAAAAGUGAGAUUUAUGUUCAAAUUACUGUAACUAUAUUAGGUGCAGUGGUUGUAGACUAGUGUUAGACUUGCUUUUUUAGAUAAAAGGUAAAUUAAUAUAAAGUAGGUGGACAUCAAUAUGUUGGUACUAGCAAAUUAUGAAAACAUCCACAUUAUGACGUUUGCAGUUAGGGGAGAACUGUUCUCUUGGUCAAACUAUGUUUAAUUAAGCUAAAUUUUCAAUUGUAAGUCAUUUGGGUUACAGUAGACUUUUUGCUUCAGUAUUGGAAAGGUGUUCAUAAAGGCAACAAUGAGCAUUAGAAUCAACUGCAUUCACAGCUUACUGCAGAGAAUAAUGCUUGCUAAGUGGAACGUAACAUUGAUGAAUGCCAGACAAAGACCACAUGCUGUUAUGCUGUGUCUGAGUGUUUUUGAUCAUUUUUGCCAUGACUUUUUUGGCAUGGGUUAUUAGUUUGGCUGAGGUAAAGACAUCUUUUUGUGUCACGAAGUACAUUUUUUUUGUUAAAUAAAGAUAUGCCAGAAACCUCAAGAAAUAAUCAGCCUUAAUAUUUAGACUUUGCUUUACAAAGUAUAUCUGAAAUGUUAUUCUGGACAUUUUCAGUUUGUAGUGAAGGUAUUUAUGAACAGUUGCUUCCUAUGCACAAGGGAAUGGCAUGUUAGAGUGAGAAAACAAAAUAUAUUUGUUUGUCAAGAAACAUAGACAUUUAAUCAGACAGUGACGAGAGCUUCUUGGAAAAAAGUUUUUUUGAGUAGCAGAUCUUUUCUUUCCUGCAGGGAUACAAUAUGCUCUUUCCAAAACCACAAGAAUAUCUAGUACUCAGCAGCAACUUAAUGAAUACCAGUGCUACAGAUUGGAAAUGUAUAAUUUUGUAAAUAAGAGUAUUUUAAGUACUAAAUUACUAAAUAUUGUUCAAAAUUACACAUGCUUACUGAUGUUGAAAUAUCAAAAGUCUUUGAUUUUCAGUCUUGAUCAUGAUCAAUCAGGAAGCUGAAACAAAUAUCCAGUAAAGGGAAAUUAUAUCUGUUA